AUGUUUGUUUCCAUCUGUCCCUGUGACGAGCAUUUUAGUAAUCUGAGCACUGGUUCAAUUGGUGCUCCCUCGUCAGUACUCUGCUGUGAGGUUGAAGGGGCCAAUAGAUCCACGUACACUGUUGAGAUAUGGCAUUCUGAGGGACAUGAUGGAAACCAAUUUACAAGCUUUAUUAAUUUGCCAAAUAUUGACAGGAUGGUACUAUCCUUGUUCUUCACUUUUCUCUCCUUAUUUGUGAUUCGUGUAAUUUCCAUCUGUCCCUGUGAUGAACAUUUUAGUAAUCUGAGCACUGGUUCAAUUGGUGCUCCCUUUCAGCCCUCUGUUGUGAGGUCGAAGGAACCAAUGUUUCCACACGUGCACUGUUGAGAUAUGGCAUUCUGAGUGACAUGAUGGGGGACACU